AAAUUCUAGACCGGGAAAAUCCGGGGAAAAAAGAAAGAGUAAGCAAAAUGGGUGAACGUGAAAACAAGUCAUAAGAACCGAAAUGGCUGAGUCGGUUUUAGGUGUAGCGUCACAGUCAUCGCUGCUUCUUCUGGAGCCUUCCAAGUUCGGAUUUCGAACUUACACGACUCCUUUAACGGCAAUAAGGCUGCAGCAAUAUUCGACGGGAUACCGGAGAUUUGUUGUUUCUUCUGGUAGGAAUUUGAAGCCCGUAACGGCUGUUAGGGCUGUCUCUUCGGGUUUCGAAGCGCCUACUAUUUUAAACGAUAACAUUGAUUUGUCAACGGAAGGGAUUGAGAUUGGACCUGAUAUUGGAGGCGGUGGUGACAGUUACGGGGAUUUAGGUGGAAGCGGCGGCGGUGGAGGUGGUGAUAAUAGCGGAGGACGAGGAGGCGGCGGCGGUGAUCGGGAUAACGAAGGAGAAGGAGGAUCAUCAGAGGGUGACAGCGGUGGUGAGAAGAAGAAGAUGGCACUGUCUAUGUCACAGAAAUUGACUCUUGGUUAUGCUGCACUUGUUGGAAUGGGUGGUCUUAUGGGCUAUAUGAAGAGCGGUAGCCAGAAGUCACUUUUGGCUGGAGGGCUGUCUGCCUCGGUAUUGUAUUAUGUUCAUACACAGCUUCCUACAAAUCCAGUUUAUGCGUCGGCUAUAGGGCUGGGUGUGUCUUCUAUACUCCUAGGUGUGAUGGGUUCACGAUUCUUGAGGUCAAAGAAGGUAUUUCCUGCAGGUGUUGUAUCUCUCGUGUCGCUGGUAAUGACUGGUGGCUACAUUCAUGGUGUCUUGCGUAGCAUGCACUGAAAUGUGCCAAAUAUAAGAGUGAGACAUAUGGUUAAUAACUAGGCUUGAUCUUUGGUCAAUGCAUAUAGGAGCUGAUGUCAGUAUCUUUUAUUUUUACUACUUGGUAUGUAAAAUUUGUGUUCUACAAUUAGGAUGGAACUUUUUAUGGAUGAAUCAAGCAGCUAAAGAUUCUAUUAUCACUUGUCCUUUUGAGUUUUGUGUUAAGGUGAUUUUGGGAGAUUGCUUUUCA